AUGCUGCUGUUUUUAUCCUGCAGGACACGGCCGCUAUCAGCAGCCAGCGUGGGCAGCGUGGUGGUACAGGACCGAUUGUAUGAGCUCGUCCGGCUGUUUAAGGGUCGAACAGAGCGCCAGAAAGAGAGGCUGGUGGACCCAGACGAGUCAGAGGGAGAAAGUCCCUCAGCCUCCCCCACCAAAGCUGCUCCUGCCCCUCCUCCUCCUCCUCCUCCUCCAGGAGAGGAGAAGAAGAAAGUUCCCAGACUUCCACAGCUUCCCAAACUUCCCCUGAUGCCUGACUGGCUUCGAGCUGUCAUAGAGUACCGCUUCCCCUCCAGCAUCGACCCCUACACCGAUCUGAUCUAUGUGAUCUGGCUGUUCUUCGUUGUGGCAGCAUGGAACUGGAACGUGUGGUUGAUCCCCGUCCGUUGGGCGUUUCCUUACCAAACCCCAGAAAACAUCCACCUGUGGCUGCUGAUGGACUACAGCUGCGACCUGAUCUACAUCCUCGACAUCCUCGUCUUUCAGCCAAGACUGCAGUUCGUUCGCGGAGGAGACAUCGUGUGUGACAAAAAGGACAUGAGAGAAAACUACAUGACCACAGAGAGAUUCAAGAUGGACAUCAUCAGUCUGUUUCCUAUGGAGAUUUUUUAUUAUUUCACCGGAGUCAACUCUCUGCUGAGAUUCCCUCGCCUGCUGAAGUACAUGGUUUUCUUUGAGUUUAACGACAGAAUGGAAGCAGUGAUGAAGAAAGCCUACAUCUACAGAGUGAUUCGAACCUCCACUUACCUGCUCUACUCUCUGCACAUCAAUGCCUGUCUCUUCUACUGGGGCUCUGACUAUGAAGGACUUGGAUCGACCAAGUGGGUCUAUAAUGGAAAAGGCAACGCUUACAUCCGAUGUUACUAUUUUGCUGUGAAGACGCUGAUCACCAUCGGAGGACUACCAGACCCCACAACUGUGUUUGAGAUCUGCUUCCAGCUCAUCAACUACUUUGUCGGUGUCUUUGCUUUCUCAAUCAUGAUCGGUCAGAUGAGAGAUGUUGUUGGAGCAGCCACAGCCGGGGAGAACUACUACAGAGCCUGCAUGGACAGCACCAUCAAGUACAUGAACUCAUAUAACAUCCCCCGGGAGGUCCAGAACCGCAUCAAGACCUGGUACGACUACACCUGGAAGAGCCAGGGCAUGCUGGAUGAACAGGAGCUGUUGGUGCAACUUCCAGCCAAGAUGAGGCUGGACAUCGCCGUGGACGUCAACUAUGCCAUCGUCAGUAAAGUUGCCUUGUUUCAGGGCUGUGACAGACAGAUGGUGUUCGACAUGCUGACGAGGCUCAAAUCUGUCGUCUACCUGCCCGGAGACUUCGUCUGUAAAAAGGGGGAGAUCGGCAGGGAGAUGUACAUCAUCAAACAGGGCGAAGUCCAGGUGGUGGGUGGUCCUGACCUGCAGACGGUGUUUGUGACCAUCAAAGCCGGCUCGGUGUUUGGAGAGAUCAGUUUGCUGGCAGGGGGCGGAGGAAACCGACGUACCGCCAACGUGAAGGCUCAUGGAUUCGCCAACCUCUUCAUCCUGGAUAAAAAGGACCUGGCAGAGAUUUUGGUUCAUUACCCUGAGUCUCAAAAACUCCUCAGAAAGAAGGCAAAGACGAUGCUGACGAAGGAUAAGAAGCCAGAUGAGAAAAGUGGCGUUAAAGAGGGGGUGGAGAUCAUCCCGCCCAGACCAGACACCCCUAAAAUGUUCAAGGCGGCACUGAAGGUGACGGAGCAGGCCGGGAUGGAGGGAACGUUUGCCAAACUGCAGAAGACCUACAGAGCAUCAGAGGCUCCUUCCUCUGGCUCUCCAGUCCCCCCUCCACCUCCAGUGCACCGCCGCUCUCCCAUUCCUCACGCUCUGGUUCAGGACGACGAUGACACCGUGUCAGAGACUGCCGACAGCUCGGUCAUCAUCAGGAUGACACCACGAAAAGAAGGCGAGGAGCUGCUCACUGUGGAGGUGAAGCCCGAAGACGGAGAGGAGGAGAAGAAAAAGACGGGGGAGGAGUGAUCAGACAGGAUGGACUCUG